AUGAAUAUCCCAUCACCAAAGGACGACGACAAUGAUAGGUCAAAGACAUUGAGGUCAUUUUCAAUCUAUGAGAUUGGCUCAAAGAUCAUGUCUGUUGACUUGAUCAAACGAUUGAUGACCAUUCCCAACAUCACAUUCAACUUUGGCAAGUUGUUGUCACUGGCAAUCAAUUCCGGAAACAAGGAUAUGAUCACAUUUAUAAUGAAGGACGGAACGGAAUCAUUGGUGUCAACAGGUCAUAUUAUUUGUGCUCUUAAAGUUGGUGAUUUGGACACAGCCCGAGCGAUCAUUGACAUGGCGCCAAAGUUGAAGAUAUCCAGUGAUGAUUGCUUUGACUCUUUGAUAGAUCACAUUGGGGAGCCCAACAGCAAGGUCACUGAGGAUGUGAUCAUUGAGUUUGCAACCAAACUUCACAACAACUCCCAUCCCUAUUUAUUCAAAGUGCUCUUAAAGGCAGCCGCCAAACCAUUGUCUGUGAUCAAGAUGGUGAUCAAACAUUACACCUCAUUCUACGAAGGUGACAAGUUGGUUGGAGGCAGCAUUGGUGAUAUCAUUAACAGAUAUUGGAGUAUUUGUUUGACAAAGGAUACAUCAGUGUGGAUGACAGGAAUGAUCGGUUGGCAGGAUUGA